CAGAGCUCCUGAAAGGGAGACAAGCAAGAUGGGAAAAAUAGCAGGAAAAAGGGCUUUUUUUUAAAUAUCAUGCCACCAGAACUUCUGCAUGGUAACAAAGAUCAUCUAAAGUAGCUGGGUUCCGCAAAAAGAAGACUCGGACAGCGCAGCUACUUAACCUCCAGAUCAAGUUCAACGAUGCAUUAGAGGACGCUGGAUUGGCUGUGCAGAGAUUUCACACUGAAGGAUGAAUAGUGAAGAAGAGUUUUAUGAUGCCGUCACGGGCUUUGAUUCCGACAAUUCUUCAGGAGACUUUUCAGAAGCAAAUCAUAAGGUUACAGAAAUGCUUGAUCUAGAUCCGCACCAAAGCAAUAGGACUGGAAAGCAUAACGGAGAGACAGAGAUUCAGGAAAAUGGGAUUAAGAGACACAGGACAUCAUUACCUGCCCCAAUGUUUUCUAGAAGUGAUUUUAGCGUGUGGAGCAUAUUAAAAAAAUGCAUUGGACUGGAGCUGUCUAAGAUUACGAUGCCUAUUGUCUUCAACGAGCCAUUGAGUUUUCUUCAGCGGAUAACAGAAUAUAUGGAACACAUAUACCUCAUUAAUAAGGCUUGUAGUAAUGCAGACCCCCUGGAGAGAAUGCAGGCUGUAGCUGCUUUUGCAGUUUCUGCUGUAGCUUCUCAGUGGGAGAGAACUGGCAAACCAUUUAACCCGCUGUUAGGAGAAACCUAUGAAUUAACCAGGGAGGAUUUAGGAUUUAGGUUUAUAUCUGAGCAAGUCAGCCACCACCCACCUAUUAGUGCAUUUUAUUCUGAAGGCCUCAAUAAGGACUUUAUUUUCCAUGGAUCAAUCUAUCCCAAACUAAAAUUCUGGGGAAAGAGCAUAGAAGCGGAGCCUCGGGGAACAAUUACCUUGGAGCUUCUGAAACAUAAUGAAGCUUACACGUGGACAAAUCCAACCUGUUGUGUACAUAAUGUAAUUAUUGGUAAACUGUGGUUAGAACAAUACGGAACAGUAGAAAUUGUAAAUCACAGUACUGGAGAUAAGUGUGUCCUUAAUUUUAAACCGUGUGGACUGUUUGGGAAAGAGCUUCACAGAGUGGAGGGAUACAUUCAGGACAAGAACAGAAAGAAGCUGUGUGUGAUCUAUGGCAAGUGGACAGAAUGCUUAUGGUGCACUGACCCCACUACAUACGAGACUUACAAAAAGAAUGAAAAGAGAGGUGGAGAGCAGAAGAAACUGAAGCCGGUAAGGGUAAGGGUUCACUAG